UCCCGGUGUGAGGCGCGGCGCCGCGAAGAACACCUGCGCAAGUUUGUUUCUAAAACUAGUGAAAUAUAUGUAAGGCGGUUUUUUUUUUUAUUUCGGACUAUUCAAGCAGAAGGGCGUCAAAAAAAAACUACCACCAUUCUCAAAGCAUUGAAGGAAUAGCUGCAAACUUUACAAACGUGCUUUCCGUACAAUGGACGAAACUGUGUUUUUAGCUUCAUUAGCUGCUGCCCCCGUGAUAUUUCCCUAUGCGUAUGUGUUCGGAGGAUCCUACAGCUUUAUAGUCAGCGUAUUUGCAUGUCUGUUCACUUUGCCAUGCUGUGCCUUCAUGAGUGUCUCGCUGAAAGGAAAAGGCAUUUCUCGUAUAGCACGAUAUAGCCUAUUAGUCCCGCUCUGUAUUCCCCUGGCGUAUAUUCUAUGCCCCACGAAUGAAGAGUCCUUCGGUUGGAACUUCCCUUUUCUAUUCGUCAUCAUUUUUUCGACACUUCUUGGAGUUCGUAGUGUCUUAUCAGUCUCAAGUGCACCGCUUAAGGUACCAGCGGUGUGCGUGUCCACGCGUCGACGUGUGGCCCAUACGGUGUCUUCCCAACUUCUUGUGUUACUGUCUCCAUCAGUUUUGGUGGCAAGAGCUUCCUCGCUAUUGAUGUUACUUUUUGCCUCAGCUAUCCUUACCCUGCCCCUGUCAACGAAUAUGUCUUCGUUGAGCGUAUUGGGCCUUGCCAAAGACUUGUCCAGUGUCGCCAUACUUAUGAGCGUUUUCUAUGAUACAUGCCUAGCUACAACAAGGCUGUUCAGCACACUGCCCCCACUUCGACUUAAUGGGAAGAACAUCUGCCAAGGUCUAGCGUCAGGGCAACGGAUAGCGUGGUGGGAAAGUACUUUGUUCGUCAAUUCGGGACGAGCAAGCCGUGAAUGGGUCUGGGCGAUCAGUCCGAUUGGUGGACGAGUGCUUAACUGGCGUGCUAUGGUCGAUCCUGCUUUGAACUGUCUGCGUGCUACAACUCACCAGCUUGAACAAGGCGAUUCUGCUUCGGGAACACACAGACAGACUGGAGCCACAAGCAGAAGCCAUGGACAACAUGCUAUGGGUUCCGGCCAGUUUGGAGGCGGUGACAACAAUACUCAGUUUAGACUAAGCAGCUGGCGAAAACCGCAGACCGUACAACUUGGGGAUCUCGAGCAGGUGUCGUGGAGCUUGGAUACUGUUGGGACGCUUGUGUACUACGCUUACACUGAAAAUAAGAACGGUGUCACUCAGGUGCACUUUCGAGAGAUCAUGGAUACGCUGUUUGCGCUCGAAGCAACCGUUACGCAAGUUGGAGGUCCGCUAGCUCUUCACGAUCGUAUACAUAACACACUGUACAAGAUUUGUACGCGAUAUGCGUCGGCCGUCUACUGUCUUGAUAUGGAUCAAAAAUAUGUGGAUCGCUUCGUGAGCUAUUCCGAUUUUAGGGUAUGAAGUAUUCAUUUUUAUAAAGGAUAUCAAAGACGAGCAUUAUAUUGAAAAACUACAAGGUCCACUAAACUCUGUCUACUCUUAACAACGGACAGAGUGUGCGACGAUGUUGUACACUGGAAUCUACGGGUUAGUUAAAUGCCUCAGGUCGCAUUGUACCGACUCAUAUUAUUUACAGGCUGCCCACUUAACUGCGAUAUGACUUACUUGGCUAUAAUAUGUCGCACUUAUGACAAAUUUGUAAGAGAAGAUAAACUGCACGAGUGGUCAAUAUUGUUUGGAUCAAGAGCGAUGAACGAAGGACCACGGAAACAUUUAUAGUUGAAAAAAUAAUAAAUAGGAUAGAUAUGGCCAAAUAUAUUGGCCUUGCUUUACUCUGUACGUGAAAUCCCAUUGAUUGUACUUUUGUAGAUCGAAAACAAUUUCCUAAAGAGAAACUAAAGAGAUAAGGAGAAAAUAUCGACCGAUUGGAAGUGGUUUAGAAUAUCGAUUCGGAGGUCUCGUACAGCCAAAUAGUCGUUAUUACUGUAAGACUGUUCACUUAGCUAGUACCCAUUGAUUUAGAUAGCCAUUGGGACCGAUUUUUCUCUUAACUUCAGUUUAUUAGUAUUUGGUUCGUAACCAUAAUAAAAUUUCAACAAAAUCGGUCGAAUGUCCCUAUGUAUCGGUCAACUUGUCACAGUAAAUAGACUCGAAUAUGUUAUUUGCUAACUAAAGAGAUGAAAACUAGAAAACACCGUACAUGGGAAACCUGCCAACUAAUUUUUGAUGACGUUACAAUAUUCCAAUCAGUACUUUUCCGAGCUUUAAUAAAUUUUGAGCCCUUUUGAAAACAAUAAGCAUGAUCGCUUCUUGAUCUCCCUAAAAAUUGUCGCUUUCUGUAUCGCGAACUUGCAUGAUUCAGGGGCUAUUUAUUUCUGCUUCGUUGUGUUGCCUUUAGUCUUGUUAUAAAUGUUUGUCAUGGAGAAUGUUUUGGUAUAAUGCCUAUACGAAAGUGUUGGACGAGAGUUUCAGUUCUGCAAGAUGAGAUGUUCUAUGGCAGCAAAUCUCCGUCG